GUUCGUGUGUGUGGGUGUAAAAACUGAUUCUUUCAUUGUUUCCAAUAAUUUGUUUUUUCGAACAUUGAAUAGUGUACCCAAUGUGAGGAUAGGAUGUCGAUAAUAAUUAUGGCUGAAUCAUUGGAACCACAGAUUAACAAGGAACUUCAAAAUGCGAUGAAUGCGAUCCUGUCAAAGAAGUGCUGCUUGUGCAAUAAUGUUUUAUCAGUGCCUCCGAUAAUGAUACUUUCCCAAGAUGGAGCACAAUCGAAGUGCGGGAGAUGUAAGAACAACAUGGAUAGACCAGCGACUUUUCGAAAUUAUACUUUCGAAAAUCUAGCGAAGUUCUCAUCAUUUCCUUGCAUAUACAAGGAUUGCAAUAAAAUGAUUCCGUGGGAAGAGGUGGAAAAUCAUGAAGACGCUUGUGAUAAAAAGAUGAUUAAAUGUCCAUAUUAUCAUUUCCAAAGCUGUAAGCGAAAUGUAGAGUUACGGAAAUUGGAGGAGCACUGGAAAAGUCAUGAAAUGAAUAUUCAUCUUUCAACAUAUAACUCCAUAUUAUCUAUCAUUGGUGCAGAUUCACAGCUUUUAAUACAUGAAAAUCACCUUUUCAUCACAAUGAUUUUAAAUGAAAAAGAUGUUUUAAAGAUAUAUGUUGCUUCUUUGAAAAAAAUCAAUACAUGUUUUACAUACAAUUUGAAAUUGUCCAGCACAAGGUCUGAUGACAUAUUUGUGAUUUAUGUAAAUCAAAAAAUCGACAAAUACAAUGAGAUGGAUCAUUGUUUUACAUGUUUGUAUUAUCGAUAUUUGUAUUCUCGAUGUGGUUUGAGAGGCUAUCCGCACACAAAAAGGCAAGGCAGUAUGUAUGUUGAUGAUGAUUUCAAAAAAAUUGAUCUUGCUGUUUUAAAACCACUUUUAGGUGAGCUUUCCAAGAUCAAAGUCGACAUAACAAUCGUCUCAAAGAACGAAUAUAAGGAUAACAACAAAGCCAGCGAUACUGCAACAGUAGACAUUCCUAAGAAUGAUGUGAACAUCGUUGAUGAAUGUUUGGAAAAGUUUAAAAAGCAGUUACAGUGUCCCAUAUGCAUGGAGUAUAUGAUCGGUAAAAUUUAUAACUGUGAAAAAGGACAUGUUUUGUGCGACACCUGCAAACUCCAACUGACUGAAUGUCCUUCUUGUCGAGCAAAUCUUGGAGAAUCCAGAAGUUUUCCUUUGGAGAGUUUGGCUGAUGAAGUAGUGCUAGCUUGUGUGUUUUCCAAAAACGAUUGUAAGUUCACUGGAAAACUGAAAUUGCUUUCUCCACACGAGAAAGAAUGUGUACAUAAAUAGAGGAGUAAUUAGGACUGAAGUAAUCCUGAUAGUGAUUCAUUAAUAAAGUUGUAUUCUUGAUGUUCUUGUUGGUGUUCAAUUAUAUAUAGGUAGGUACAUAAGAUUUAUUUAAUGUUCAUUCUGAAGCUCCCAAUCUAUCUUUUGUUGAUGAAACCACAUUAAAAAAUUUUGUAGGUUUUCAUCUUUAUUAUUCUUAAAGAUUUUGCUAUUUGAAAAAAGCAUUGCCCAUAUGCAAGGUAUGUCACGACAAGCUUAUACACUAUCUUUAUAUCGAGAAUCAUGUCUAGAGAAAUCCAUGAUAAUGUGCAUGCUCAUAUUUCAGAAUACGCUCUCUUCAUUUGAAAUAUUUUCGACAAUGCAGUGUUGCCGCUUCUACUAGAAAGUAGUAGCAACAUUGAUAUUUCAAAUGGAACACCCUGUAUUCCAUCGCAUUUUUGAAUUCCGUGAAGAGCUGAUUUCAUCUAUGUAUCACACUCGGGGUCUAUCAAAAAUGAUUACAGAGAUAUAGGGUGUUCAAAAUCAAGAUUUUUCAACUUUAGGAUUUUUUUUGUGUCGAAACUAUUCAUUAUCGGUUGAAACGGCUCCCAACUUCUGAUUCACUAUAAUUACUGAACAGAUACAGGGUGGUUCAAUAUUCAGAAUUCUGAUCACCCUGUAUCUGUUCCGAUUAAAUAUCAGUAAAUAGUAAAUCGAAAGUUGAGAUGGGGUAUGUACCUACGCCGUUUUGGCCGAUAAUGAAUAGUUUCGAGACAAACAAAUCCUAAAGUUGAAAAAUCUCGAUUUUGAACACCCUAUAUAGCCCUGUAAUCUCUUUCGAUGGGCCCCUAAGUGUGAUGUAUCGAUAAAAUCAGCUGUUCAGGAUGAAUCUAAAAAUGCAAUGAAAUACAGGAAAUUCUAUUUAAAAUAACAAAGUUGUUGCUUGGUUUUUUUUAGAAGCGGCAGCACUGCAUCGCUGGAAAUAUUUUGAAUGAAGAGAGCGUAUUCUAAAUCUAAAAUAUGAGCAUGCAUAUUUUCAUUGAUUUCUUCCGAUACUGAUUCUCGAUAUAGAGAUAGUGUAAACUUGUCGUGACAUACCCUGUAUAUAGAGGUCACGUGAUGUGAAAAUUAAAAUGGCUGUUUCAAAUAGGUAUAUAGGUACAUAUUUCACGUAUUCUCUUUGCGAUCUCCUGUUCCUGAGUUCGAACAUAAAUGAGUUGAACACGGUUGAUACGUCUAACUGUCAUUUUAUUCAUAGGAUCAAAAAUUGUUCUAAAUGUUAUAAUGCCUGCUCAUUUUUGUCAACAAUAAGCUGUCAA